AUGGCACAAAGAAAACACAUCUUCUGUAUUAUCAUUUUUCCAACUUAGAGUUGAAUUAUGUGCUAAUAAAAGUAUAUUCUUAGUGUCCUUCAUCAACUGCCAGCUGAAAUGUUCAAAAAAUGUCCUGGAAUACAAUAACAAACUUAAAAUAGCAUGUAGGUACAGUUUAUUGCUGUCCAUCCUGCCAGCAGGACUGGCAAGAGGGCAUUGAAUUGACUGGCUAUGAGGACAAUUUUACCUGCCUGUUUUGACCAUGUAGAGGAAAGUUCUUCUUACAAAGAAGUUCAGUUCAAAAAGAUGCCUACCUGACACUCAGGUGAAACCAGUUGCCUUCUUGCUGAAAAUUGUAUUGAAACCCCUGCUGUCAGCCAUUGCUUCUUUCUCAGAAGAGGAAAUUAAGCACCCCCAGCACCCCUCUCUGGACAGUUGCAUCAUUGCUUAUAAUCCAGCUAGUGCUGUUGCAAGUUUAAUGCGCAAUAGUCAGCCAGUCAUUUCAGUCAAUAUUAUUUCCUUAACAAAAUUAUAUGCACACUGACGACCAAAUGAUUGUUAUAACUUUAGUUUACGCCAGAUGAAGAUGUUCCCCUUAGUGAUGAUGAAGGCAUUGAGGAAGAAGAUGAAACUAGCAAAUCAGAGAUGGAGCUAGAGAUAAACAGGAGUGACGCAUCUGAAUUAGAUGAAACUGUGUUACUGGCAGAAGACAAUCUGGAGAGGUUCAAUAAUUACCAGCCCAGUCUUCACACUCUAACAGAACUCUUCCUGGGCAAUGGUGCAAGGCAGUUCUUUAAAGUGAUCAUACUUAUUAUGUUUAUUUCUGUCCUUGUCAAUUAUUCUCUUGCUGGCAGUAAAGCUUGUGCUCAACUUCUAAACCUCAAUGUGGGGUACCCACUGGCAGUGUUUGUGUGGAGCUGUGCCGUCCUGAUUAUUUUCCUUAAUUCUUCUGUUCUACCAUUUGUAUCAGUAGUAACAUUCCUUGGGGGAUGUCUGAUUCUUAUUGUAACUGUUUGGACUACUUUGCACAUAAAAAGCCAGUGGAGCAACAUUGAAAUUCUAGGUGACCUGAAACAUAUUGGUCAGCCUUUUGUCCUGGGUACUGUUGCAAUGGGUGCAGUUGUGAAUAUCCUUCCAGUACUUUUUGCAAAAGUUAAGCCUUCCAUUUCAGAGGUACGUGGAUUUUAUCGAUCUGUUAUUGCUGGGUUGUUGACUUGUGUGGCAGUCAUAAUUUUUUGGUGA